AUGUCCAUCGUCCUCACGAGCCCGCUCUCCCCCGACUCCCCUCUCUCGCCCUCGAACUCGCUCCGCGCCUCUGGCUCCACCCGGCGCACCUACAAGGCGUCCCCCGCGUUCAGCCGCCCCCCCGGCACGCUCUCGCUCAUGUUCGAGUCCCCGGACCCGUUCAACAGCACCGUCGUCGACGGCGCGUCCGGCGCGCUCCUCUUCGACGUCUCGACGCCCGCCCCCGCGCACGCGCACGCGCUCAUCACCGUGCGCGACGCGAUGCGGCACGUCGUCGCCGCGUACGGCGGCGCGGGCGAGCGCGACGACCUCGACGGGCCCGGCUACGACCUCGACGACCUCGACCCCGACCUCGACCUCGACGAGCACGAGCAGGAGUGGCUGCCCAUGGACGGCCCUGGCUGGUGGAGCCGCUCGGUCGAGUGCUUGCCGUGGCGGAUCGACGGGUCGCGCAGGCUCGUCGCGCCCAACGGCCGCGCGUACGUAUGGCGCCAGAGGUGGAGCGGCUCGCUCAAGCUCGUCGAGGAGGAGACGGAGCAGCCCGUGGCGGAAACGCGCCGGGCGACGUACGGCUUCUUCUCGUCCGCGCGGAGCGGCGGGCUCGACGUCGCGCCCGCGCUCGCGCCGUUCCUCGACGCGAUCCUCUUCUCCUUCCUCAUCUACGAGCAGCAGCGGCGCGAGAAGGGCAUGGCGCCCGCGUCCGGCCUCGCGCCCGGCGCCGACCUCGACGGGAAGCGGAGCAGGGCAGACAGUACCCCGACCUCCUGGGGCGUGCCACACGAGCACUGGCGGAACCGCGGGCGGAGCGAGUCGGAUUCGUCCGGCCUGCGGACUGCGGACUUUUGA